AUGACCGCUCCCAAACCCAACUGCGACGAGUGCAAAUAUCACAAGAAAGCCUGCGAGGACAUCAUCAACGGGGUAUGUAAGAAGUGUAGGAAUAAAGGAAUCACCUGUGUACCACACAUUCCUGCACGCAGAGGAAGACCCCCGGGGACGAAGAACUUCAACUCGCGGAGCAGUGUCAGGAACCAGAAGCGCGAGCGCGAGGCAGAGUCCGAAGACGAAGACGAGGGCGAUGUUCCAAGCGAAGAGGAGGAUGAAGAGCUUGGCAUUGUCGAAGAGGUGACAACUGGAGCUAUUGAACAGCUACGCGGCGAGGAACUCGAAGAGAUUGGCAGUGGAGAAGAGGUGACACAUGAGGAUGAUGAACAGCCACGCGGCGAGGAGAGACCGGAUGAGACGGAUAAAGAAGAGAUGGGUGAAGAUACCAGGUUUUCAACCAUCAUGGGCCACCAUCCGAGGACCAUAGCAGUUCCUGGCGGGCUGUAUGAGUUUGACCGCGAGCCCGUCGGUAGCGGCGGAAAAGGUGCUGGCGGUGGAAGAUUCAUCCCUCACCCCAGCGACCCUGGUGCCGUGCAAAUCGCCGUCAUCGAGGCGAUCGAGGCUGUGGACAAGAAGCACGCCGACUCGAAUACACCAAGAGACAAAAUUCGACUCGAACUCAACGGCAAGUUACGUGGUAGUGCCAAGCGAGCUGCCAUGAGAGACGCCGACAUGCGCAAGGCUGCCAUGCGGAAAGCCGCCACACCCGCGCUAGAGCACUCCGACGACGGCUAUGACAGCGACGCACUCGAUGGAGACGACUCAGAAGCAGAGAUACCUCCUCUGAUGAGCUAA